AUGGCUUCGGAAUUGAUUUAUUCUCACUUUCGAAAAAGCGAUGGAAGUUUCAUGUAGGUUGAUGGAUUGUCUGAAGAUCCUCGCUGAUAGAAUUAACAAAGAGGACAUUUUUUAAAGGCUGAAGAGCCUUUCCAGUAUUAUUUUAGGUAACUGAAAGAUUCGGCGCUUCAAAAAUUCAAUUAUUCAAAAAAAAAAAAUCAGUUAAUUUUUGAACUGACUCAGAAAAGGCGAGCCAACUGCUGAUCGCAAAAUUUUUUGGGAAGUUUUAGAAUUUCUACGAGAUUUUGAUGGUCUCCGGAGUUUCUUAAUAGUAAUUGAAGAAAAAGGAGUUCUCUUGCAAAAAUUGAUGAGAUAAUGAGAGAAGAAAUGUUGAAAGGUGAUAGAUAAGGCUUGGAAAUACUCUGAAAAUUUUUUCGCUUCGUUUUUUUUUUUAUGAAAAUGACUGCCUCACGCAAAAAGAUCUGGGAGCAAAAAAAGGGCUUAAAAAGUAUGUUGAACCCCUAAUGACGUAAUCAAAGAAAUUCCCAAAGUUUAAAAAUGAACGUCAGAGAUUGAAAAAUAUACCUAACUUUCAGAGGGUCAGAGAUAUUUUCGAAUUUUGCGGAAUUUACUUUGAACACGCCAUGAAUUUUUUCAAUUGGUGUUAUAAAAAACCGAAAAUCAACGCGAUCCUUAAAUAAACGUCCGCAAAAAUUUUCAGUAAGAGUUUCCAAAUGAAAUCUCAGUUAUUCAGAAAUUACUCGCUCGAAGAAAUCGAACAGGCCGACAAAAAUGGGUCGAUCGAAUCCAGUGAUUUGAUUUAUAUCGAGUUUCCGGGACACAAUGUUGUUUCUUAUUCGAUUGGUAAUAUCCUCGAUUAUUGAUUUAUAUAAUAAUAAAGAAAUUCAAGAUGAUCUCGUCAAGCUGAAUGGGAAGGAAAGGCCUUUCCGAUUUGCUGAAAACGUUGGUUUCUCUCUGAAUUUUCAAAACUCGUGGUCGCACUUGGAAUGGCUCGAAGUCGAAUUGAAGCUUAUCAGCCUGCUUUAACGCUUUUCGAUGUUAUCGCGCGCAAGCCGUUUUUGGUCGGACAUGUUUCAAAGCGUUUUUGACGUUUUUAGCCAUUCCACAUGCUGUCAUAGGCUUUCAAGUUACAAUAGAUUGAUUAUUAUAUCUUUUUAGAACUUUUAUUUGAAUAAUAUUUAUAGGAUCCUCGUUUCGAGAUGAAAAAUGACAGGGUUGUUCAUGAUUUCGCGUCUUCUUCUUCCACAUCCGAUGGUGGGUUUUUUUGCCGUUUUAUAGGUAAAUUUUAAGGAAAAAAAUAGGGCAUUUUUGUGCUUUUCGGAUGCUCAUUUUUGAAUUUUUUUCAGCACUUUUUUUGAAGAUAUUCUAAAAAAAUAGUUCAAAGCUUUUCUGUAUUUUCUUUUUAGUUUUUUUAAGUUAAGUUCUUUAGUUUAGCGAUAAAUUUUUUUGGUAAAUUUGUUCAUUUUCCAGGAGAUAAUCAAAGUACGGCUUCUUCGUCACAACAUACUGGAAAAACGAGAUCUCGAAGACAUAAGAGAAGGCGGAUGAAAAAUCAAAUAUCAGUCAACACGGAGGACGGUCCAGGUUGGCGGGGAUCAUCUGAAAUAUCGAUAUUUAGUUUCAUUUCAGAACCCAGUAGAAAACCUCCCGAAUCAGCUCGAAAUUCUCCCGGCCUUCCGAAAGAUUUACAGAAGGUUUUUGAUAGAGUAUUUUUCAAAUUUUCCAUUUUUCAAUUUGCAUUUUUUUUUCAUCUAAUUUCAGCUUUAUUUAUCAUUUUCAUCUUUCUUUUUGUGAUUGAUUUUUUUCCCAGCAAUCUACCGAUGUUUUUCUCCCCAAAACUGUGCCGCCUCUUCUGCCGGAAUCGCAAAGUUUGUUUUAUAAUUUAUUGAAAACAGCUUGGAUUUGAGAAAAUUUUAAACUAUUUUGGCCUUUAGUAACUUUUGUAAUUUGAACCUUUCUGUUAGAAGAAAAAGUCAGUUAUUUCGAGAUCUUUUCCAGGAACUUCGUCAAGGUCAAAAUCCUGUUCCGAGCCGCCGAAAUCGUCCCCCAGUCCUUCGAAAGACUUUAUUGAGGUUUUUUAUAAAAUUAUGAUUUUUUUUUUGAAUCCAAGGUUCAGUUUCAACACAAAUAGUUUUUUUCAUAUUCUUAACCUUAAAUUUAUUCAGCAACCGUGCAAUUCUUCCAUUCAAAAGACGGUUAAUCAGCCGAUGCCCUCGAAUAACAAGGUUGAACUAAAAUUUUCAGGUUAGCUUGAAAAUUUCCGAAAUUUUCUUCAUUGUAGAGUAGGCUCAAACAAAUUCGGAAUGGUGGAUAAUAGCCGCUGAAAGGAAGAGGCUCAAAAAAGGCCGAAAAAAGGCAGCAAAAAGAGACCCUUUAUCGAGCCUUCCAUCUUUUCUAGAAUUUCAAAGGCUCAAGAAAUGAUGGAAAAGGGAGAAGCAGCAAAAAUGAUGCAUAAGGGCUGAGAAAAUGGCGCAAAAAGGCUGCAAAAAGAGAGCCUUCAUCACCCUAAAAGGAACAUUUCUUCGGAGCCUUUGUGAACCCUCGAAGGGUUCUUCCGACUUUGCCUAUGCGAUAAAAAACUCUUCAUUAUCAAAUAAAACCCUCUUGGGAAGGUCUUUCCAUUUUUUUCGACCAGGAAUUUUCUGCAAAAUUGUUCUUCUCUUUUUAUUUUUUUAAUGAAAGAAGUUGAAAUUAGCAUUUUGCAAAUUUUCCGUUUUUCGAGAACCCUCGUCGGAGAGCCUCAAAAUAGCCAAUUUUGAAGGAUUUUUGAUGGUUUUUUUUUAAGAUUUAAGGCAUAUUUUUUUGAAAUAUAUAUCAAAUUGAACUGGUCAAGACUCUCCACAUGAUCAUUUACUACAUCAAAGAUGUUAUCGAAUUUUAAAAAUGCGAAAAAAUCCAACUUCCUAGUCUAGUGCAAAAUUUGCCAUUUUGAAAAGUUUUUUUCAAACUUAAACUUUUAAAAAAAUUUCUAAAAUCACCUGAGAUUUCAAUUAUCAUUUUUUAGAACUUUCUUCAAGCUCCAAACCCUCCGAAAUAUCGAAAUCAUCGUCCGAUUCAUCAACUAAUCUUUCGAAAGUUCCUGAAAAGGUAAAAAAAAAAUAUCAAGCCGUGUUCAUAGUGAUUCCGCAGCAUUCAAAUAACAGUCAGAGAGUGAGAAAGAUAACUAAAUUUUGGAGAGUCAAAGAUAAUUUGGAAUUUCGCUGGACACGGCAUUAUAACGACCUCGUGAGCUUUCUAUCCGAAUCGCUCUGAUUUAAACUUCAAACCUCAAAAUUUCGCUCCAGUUUCUUCAAAUUGACGGACUUAAAACAACUUGCGCAAGGAGCCAUCGAAAAACGUUAGAGCGAGAUGAAAAAGGUCGAUUUGAGUAUAAUUUUAAACCAUUUUUGAACCAUGUGGGCCUUGAUUUUCAAGUCAAAAGGACGUUAUUCGAGUUUUUUUUUGAUGCGAAAUUAUUUUAUUCAGGAAUCGUCCGGCUCCCAUCUUCGCAAAACUGUACAUCUACCGCUUUUUUCGAAAAACAACAAAGAAUGGAAGUUAUCGUGUCAGUUUCAACUUUUCGAACAUUUUUAUAGAGUAUAUCUCUAAAAGUUUCUAAAAAGGAUUGUGUUCUAAAAUUUGACCGUUCAGUUUUUCGAACGGUUAUAACAUGUCAUUUUUCUGACCGUUCGUUUGACCGACCAGUUUCUGAAAUUUACGAAACCGACCGACCAUUCAAAGAGUUACAUUUCGAACGGUCAAAAACCAACAUGUCAGUCUGAAGUGACAUGUUGAAAUGUUGAAAGUCCAAACGUUCACCAAUAAUCAUUUAUUAUGACAUGUUGAAAAAAUGUUGGUCGAAUGGUCAAUUUUCGAAACUAUAAUGGGAAGAAACCUUUCGAGCACCAUUCUCAUAGCCUCAGAGGACCUUUUUUAAACUUUUCUCAUACAUGGGAUAAGUAUGACUGACGACAGCCAAAACCCCCCUCCCCCUCAUGUUCGAAGAUGAACGAUUUUUUUGUUAGUUGGUCGAAUAACAGGUUGAUGCCGGAGAAAAAAAGAGAAAAAUCGCUUCUGCCAAUUAAGUGAAUGAAAUGAAUUUUUUUGAUUUUUUUCAUUAUAAAAAUCGGACUAGCGCCGUCCAGCGCGCACCCUCAAAAUUUUUCUACGGUUUUUUGCCAAGUCCCCCUCCCCUUUUCAGGUCUUUUCUGGAAAUUAGGUUUUUUUCAUUCCCACCCCCGUUUUGCCUGAGCAUAUUUACAGAAUAGUUUCAAUGCCUAAAAAACUAUAACUUUCAUGCUUCUAACGAGGGAGUUUUGAAAUACCAAGUUUAUGAGUUUCAGAAAAAAUUUAGUUUCGAGCUCUUUUUUUUAACACAGGAAGGCUUUUUUUCGAGUUAUGCUUCGAAAAUCAUACUCAUUUUCUUUAAAUCAAUUUUGAAAAUUGCUUCUUUAUUGACUUGCCUUUGAUGUGUUGUAUUUGAUGUUACUCUAACACAAUAAAUUUUCAGAUGAGAUGGCGGAGAUAGAACUGAAAAAAGUGACAAAGGACAUAACAAGGAAUCUAGCCAAUUCAUCAAAUACUUUCCCGAGUGCGCAACAAUUCAACAGCACCCUAACCCGGAUUGUGAGCUUUUUUUCCGAAAAAAAACUGGAAAUGCUCAUUUUCUACAUUUACAGGUUUAUUGUGCCCAUUGCAAUGCGAAUCUUCUCCGCCCAAACAACGUUUUGUCGCAUUUGACCGAUUUUAAUCAUUCCGCAAAGGUUCUUUCUGAAUAUUGAAAAAAAUCCUAUUUUUAUUUUUUCUUCUUUCAGUCAAAUGAUUGAACUUUAACUUCAAAAAGUCAUAACUCGAGUCAAAAAAUUCAGAAUCAGCUGUUCAGAGCAUAGUACUGUGCAAAUUUCGUGUAGAAAAUAUUUUUACAAUAUCUUAUGAAAAUUAUUCCUUCCGACUGAUUUAAAAUCAGUUUAAUAAUGUUUUCAUUUUCUAGGUUGGGUUUUUUUUUACUGAUUCUCGAAUCGUUUUUUUAAUUGAGCUCGAAAUUCGAAAAAUAAUCUUUCUAACAUCAUUGCUGGACUGUGACCAGUUUUAAAACUUUUACAAGCUCUUAAAUUUUUUCUGAGUGACCGAAAAUACUAAAAACAAUUGAAGUCUUCCAAAGUGGUCCCUAUGAAACUUACAGAAAAACAGCCACUAUAGGACACAAUAAAGUGCCCCCUUUGAGUGUAAAAUCUAGGUGGUCCCUAUAGGGCCUUAGAGUCUGACCCCUUAGCCCCUAAAGCUCAAGUUGACUUAUAGGGGUCUUUUUUAUUGAAAAAACUUAUUUAUUCAGUUUUUUUUUCCAUGGUUACGCUUCUUCGCUUAGAAUCAAUAAGAAUUAUCGUCUAGCAUGUCCCCUAUAGGGGCCACUUUUGCAAGCGGUCUCUAGAGGGGUCACUCCAAGAACCCCUAAGGUUACCCCCCAUAGGGACCACUCCUGGGUUCUUAAGAGCCGGACAAAGCGUUUUUUUCACUUGAAUGUAAAAAUUGGUUUUUCAUUUUCAACUUUCUGUGAGAAAGUUUUGAAGAAAAAGUCAAAUUUCAGAACUUUUUUUGAAAAAUUGGCCCAUUAUAUAUGAGGCUCAUUUAUAAUAAAGCACGAAAUCAGAUCGAAAAUCUGAUUUUAAAACGAAUAGAGGGAAUGCGCCGAAUGGGUUAUCAAAGAAAUUUGCACACUAAUAUUUCAUUUUUUUUUUUAGGAAAAAAAAGAAAAAAUUCCGUUUUCCAGGUCCUGAAAUAUGGCGUCGGUGUAAGUGAAAUAUCGUUCUGGCAGAAAGUUGUUGACCAAUUGAUAGAAGAUUCCAGUGAGUUUUGCUAUCAUUAUGAUCCUAUUUCUCAUGAGGUGUUAAAAAUUAUUUGAAUAAAAAUUUUCCUAUCUAAGCAUAAUUUUUUUUCCGUAUUUGAUGUAUGAUCAUAAGUCGAAAAUUCAUUUUACUCUGUUCCGAUUUUAAAUGUCAAAUACAAGGACGUCAUUCAAAAAGUCUCUCUGGACGACUUGCGCUUGGUUUAUCGCGCCAUUAGGGGCGGAGCUUGAGCGACGACUUGACAUUCAACAUUUGAACAGACUAGCUUUUUUGAAAAAUUCAGGGAAAGUGAAAUUUUUGCAGAAAAAUGCCAUAUUCCAUUUCUGACAAAGAUUUCCGACAGCAGCGAUUUUCUUCCACGUAAGUUCUCGAUAUUUGAGUUACCUGUGAAAUUAAUAUUUCAGAUGGCGAAAGACAGGGCCAUCUGAACAGUUUGAUGAAACAUUUCAAUAAUUCUAGCAAGAAUAUGCUUGACCAACAAGGAGCGAAGCUGAAUUUGGACCUUCUGGUUGGUUUUUCAUUAUAAGUAUUUAGCCGAUCCAGAAAUAGCGUGGAAAAGGGGCGUGGCCUGUCUGCCCUCUCCACCGACCAAGCUCUAUCUCCUUUUUUUUAAUCGUGUCAGGACCCUUUAUCUCUGUUAUUGGAGCGAUGAUGGGUAGUAAUCAUGACUAAAUUACCAGGAAAAUAGUUUUUUUUUGUAGAAACGUGCACGACUUGAAUGAUAAUGAGUCUACUAUUUACAAAUUUUCAGCCCAAUACCUGCGGCUACUGUAAAGUGAACAUAAACACGAAAUCCUUCGCAGUUAUUACCGACCACAUUUUUUCGACAGAUCAUUUGCGCCAUGUGAGUUCAUUGAGAAGAGAUUUUCAAGUUUUUUUGAACUUAUGAUCCUUUUUACGCGAUUUGAAAUUGUUACUUUUCUCUUCUCUCCGCGACCCUCUUAUGUGAACGUGCUCUUUUCAUGAUUCUCUGACCUCGCUGGUGAGAGGUCAGAGAGACGCAGACACUCGAAAAAUGUCAAGUCGCGGCGAACGGACUACAAUUAUUCAAUUUGUUCUCGAAUCUUUUAAAUGCAGAUACUCGAAGCCGGGUUCAGUGUUGCUGAGGUCGAUUUUUGGAUCAGUCGACUUGGAUCGGCUAAAAAGAAGACUCAGCCGAAAGUUCUUCAAACUGUCUCGAUGGAAGUAAAAAAGCUUCCCGAAGUCGUUCAACCAGCGAAAGUUGUUGCAAAAGUUAUAGGUUCUAAAUAUUCUUCUUUCUGAACACUGGAAAAUAUUCCUGUUCAGCUCCGAAAAAGACUCCGCUCACUGAAAAACCUGAAGAAAACGCUUCUGAUCUCAUCGAAGGUGAGAUUUGGUUCAUUUUUCAUGAUUUUAUUCUCGAAUUUUAGAACUGAAUCGUCUGAGAUAUCUUCUUGCGUUGAGGAAAUUGAAAUUGGCGGUCGAUAGAAACGUUUUGGCCGAAAAAACUGUCAAAGGACAGGUAAAUGACCAAUUCGAUCUCAAGAAGAUUUUCACGGUUUUUUUUGUCCAAAGGGUCAAUGUUUCUGACUAGGGAACUGCUCGAGCCUAUAUGGGCAGGCUUACUUGAAAUCACCUUCUCUCAAGUUUUCCUAAAUUAAAGUCUUCACUACCUCGGUUUGAUUUUUUACCUUGUCAACACUACCUCUCUGAAGUUGAAACUUGAUUUUAUUCCUUAAUUUUCAAAAUGGUUGUAAGUCAAGUCCUCUUCCCGAAAGUUCUUUACUUUCCCACGUAUGUAGGGGACGCGUGAAACUUCGUAACUUUGGUAGCUUAUAGACCUGGGUAAGAACUAUUGGAAACAGGAAAGAUUAUCGGCCAAACCACCUGAAGAAAUCCGGUUUUAUGUUUUUUAAAAUGUUAGAAAAUUGCGCCUCCCCGGAACCGAGUAGAUUUCUAGUCAGAAACCGAUUUUUAAGAGAUUUCAAUAGACCUUUCAAGAAUUUCAAACUAUAAACUAUAUAAACUAUUUGUAACGCUUCAUGGUCUCUGUCGGAAAAUAGAUUCUUAUGAUUCCCUUAGAAGAAAACGUUUCAGAACCAAUGUAACAUCUGCCCGAGUAAAUGCAAGUCGGACCUUGGAUUUUUGGAUCACAUCUUCACGGCUAGCCAUUUUGAAAAAGUAUUGGCUUGAUAUUUGGAUGCGAUGAAAGAUGAGAUUGUAGACGGCAAAGUUGGGCUUCACUCACAAGGACGUCGAUUUCUGGAAGAAUGCCAUGAUUUCCACUGGAAUCAUGCCUUCUUGGCACGAGGAGCUGAGCGAAAUGCUGGCCCCACGGAAAUUCGUCAACAAAAUCACCUGUCAAAAAAUGUUCCAGUGGUCGUUCAAUCAGAAAAGUGUGUUUUUUUGAAAAAUUUUUCACUCUUAUGAUUUUUUUUUUCUACUACUUUCACCUUUUUCUCUACUCCAUGCCGUUUUCAAAAAAUAACUUUUUAAUGAAAAAACGCGCGAAAAAAAAAAUUCCCAGUGAGUAUUAUUUCACUCCUAUUUUUAUCACUCGGAAAAUAAUUUUCUAGCGAUUGUGUAGAUAGAAAUGUUCGUACUUCGGAGAAACUAAGUCUCAAACUGGAUUAUCUAUCAAGGCUAGUCAACUUGGCGGUUGAGAACUUCGGAAAAUUGGCUAGAAAAAUGUUUGACGUAUCUGGUAAAAAUCCUGAAAGUCUCAACCUACCAAACUUCCUAGUUUUCUCGAGAAAGGACACCUAGAAGUCAAUGAAAACCCUCAAAAUUCAUUAAAAGAGGCUAUUUGAAAGCUUUGAGACCUUUUUCUCGAAAACUAUGAAGUUUCCCAGGUUUAGACUUCCAGAGUAUUCAUCAUCAAGAAGGUUUCUGUCAAAUUUACAGGGGUUUCCCAACCACAAAGUAGAAAGACCUUCCUUGUGAAAAAUCAUUUUUCCUGCAGAUUUCCGUUACGUACCUCUUCUCGACUAUUCUGAACGCUCUUCUGAUCAACAUGUCCCUGGUAGAGUUUUUUUUCUCAAGUCAGAUUUGACAGUCUUUUUAGCUGAUCAAAGAAGAUCCGUCCUCCAAAGUCUCCAUGCGCAUUACCGUUUUUCGCCGGCAAAGUACGAGGAAGAGCUUUUCAACAAGCAUUACCAUUUGGUUUGUUCAAAUGUUCGAGAAAUAGUUGAAAAAUCAUUUUCCAGUCGACUUGUUUCAUGUGUGAGGACAAAGGCUGGAUGACCAACGGAAUGGAUGUUCUUAAACAUAUUUUCACGGAUAAUCAUGUCAAAAAUGUUGGUUCAUUAUCGAAGAUGGGCGCAGCUAAAUUCUUGAAUUGCGAGAUUUUCCCGAACAUCGCUGUUCAUCAUGCUUGAAUGAGAACAUUUAUAUUUAAAAAUUUUUUUUAGAGACCAGGAUUAACAAAAAAAUAUAAAUAAUUUUUUUAGCUGAUUAAUCAUGGAUUUACGAUAUCUGACGUUGAUAUUUGGAAGUCGUAUAUUGAGUACGAAGCCCCCGAAAAGGAUGAAGAAGUUGCGCCGCCGACGAAUUAUGAAGAAGCUGUGAAAAAAAUCGCCCAGGCUGUACAGGUUCUUUUUUUCAAGGUCUUCGAAAUAGGGGAGUAGGAUCUUUAAGCGACGCAGAAACUUGAGAAUCUCCUGACCUUUUCUUGAGGGAUUUUCGGUUUUCCUAUCUUGUUCCUGUUGUGGAGUAAAGUCCGUUUUUGGUGGCUUGAAAAGGAUUUUCUCUGCGCCCUCCUUCUCUCUCGGUGACACUCUCAUAUUGACGUGCUGUUUUCAGGUCUCUCUGACCUUGCCAGUGAGAGAACAGAGAGACGCAGACACUCGAAAACAGUCGACCGAAAUAUGAUAAUGAAAAAAAUUCAUCAAUUAGUCAGAAAAAAUUUGAAAAAAAAAGUUUUAGAUGUUGUCCUUGAUAUGUUUUAUCUACUCCAGAAACAAGAUCGAAAAAAAAAUCCCAUAGAAACGGCUCGAAAAUGGUUCUAAAAUGUUUCGAAGUACUCCGUUUUGCAGAAACCUACGUCUCAAAUAGUUUCUAGUGUAUAACGUCAAAAAUGACCAAAAGAAAAUUUUGACGAAUACAAUGUCAAUUUUCCAAAGUUUUAAUUGAAUGUUCAUUGCAAUCUCAUUUUUUUUUAGAAAAUUAAUUCUAUUGACCAUGUGGGCAGUAAAAUAUGGGGUUUCAGAUUAUUUACCAAUUUCUAGAUCUCUUUAUUGCGUGUCGAAGAGUGAAUUUGAAAAAGUUACAGAGCUUCCUAGUUUUUGGAUAAAAAAAUAAUUCAAAGCCGUUUGAAUAAAUUUUGAAUUAGCGCCAAAAGCGCGUUUCGCAGCAAAGUUGCUCUAUGGACAACAGGCGGGUCUUCGCUUUUUUCUUCGUUUCUCGUUUCCUACUCUUUAUAACCCAACUAGUAUUUAUAUAACUCGAAAAAACUUGUGAUAAUUCAAUAAUUUCUCUAUAGUUUCGUUCGUCGGGCCCCUCUCAAAAGUUAACGCACGUUACACAUUCGAAUUUAUAAAAAUUAGCCAUCCGAGAAGAUUCUCUGCUGAAUCAGGGAAUAAUUGAAGAGUUUUUUGUCGGUUCAAGAAACACUCGUUGAUCAGGAAAUACGCGUAGAACAUCUCGUCCUUUUUGUAAUAUAGCCGAUUCACGGCUAGUUUGGGAUGCUAAGGGGCGUGGCCUGUUUGCGCCCUCCAUCAACCAAACACUAUCUGUUUUGAUGUCAUGUCAGGCCCCAUUUUCCGAUUUCUCAAUCUAGUCAUGAAUCGGCUAUCCCAGUAGAAAAGUUUUGAGCGUUCCGACGAACGGCUGCUUCUUCAUGUAGAAACUGUACCGCGCCCAGCUUUUCUGUUCUUAACCAUAUUCAAUUCACUUCAGAAGUGCAAAGUCGGUUGCAAAGCUGAACAAAAAGAAACAGAAACCGGGAAAUCUGAGGAUGCCGUUCCUCUUGGCCUGCUCUAUGCCAAUAUCGACGAGAAACUGACUUUCGCUCAAAGGCAGAAGGUCUUGUCAGGUUUUCCGUCUCUUUUAUUAUAGGAAAAGUGGAUUUUUCUUCAGAAGAACGAGUUGCGGAAGAGUUUGACAAGUUUCGAGCUAUUCUCAAAAAAACCGAUGCAAACUUGCUGAUGAAAAAUUAUCGCUCUUUGAGAAAACGCGUUUGUUUUUUUAUUAUUGGUUCAUUCUUUUUUUUAUCUUUGGAAAAGAUUCAUGAUUCAAUAUUUUAUAUUUCAGCAUCACGAAAGAAGUUGUUUGUGGUGUAAAGUAAAUUUGGGAGAAAUUUGGGACCUUGUUUUGCAUAUUUUCAGCGAAGGCCAUCAGAAAAUGGUACGCUUUAUGACUUUGAACACUUUUAAUUCAAGUCUUCAGGCUGUCAAGUAUUGCCAAAUGACUAUGAGUGACUUUGAUGAGUGGAGAGAACGGCUGGAAAAAUGCCAGAAAAGUUUUUUUUUUUUUUUGAAAUCGUAGUGAUAAUUUCCGAUUUACAGCCGAUUCUGUGCCACCGAAACCGAUAAUACCUCCAGUAGUUGUGAAAAGACCUCCUGAACCGAUAAAACCGAAAGAAAUCGGGACGAAACCGAGAAUCGCCGUAGUUGACGCUUUAUAUCGGCUUCCUCCUCUUCCACACUCACCGGAGUGGAAAAAGCUGAAGUUAGCUCUAAAGAGAUUAUAUAAAAAGCCUUUUCGAGAAGAAAUUUUGCAAUGACCAAAUUUUCUAAAUAAAACAGAUAAUGAUAACAAAAUAAGGAAAAUGUUACGUGUCGGUUUUUUAAAAUUGAUUAUUUAUUAUCAUUUUCGAGUAAAUAUGGAUGGUAUCUGAUCUAAAUUAUCACUACAACAUGAAAAGAUGAACACAUAAUGGCUUGCCUUGUGAACUACCCAAAAAGUCCAAACUAGAGACUGUAAAAGACAGUCAUUUCGCUUUUUCAUUUAAAAAAGGAAAAUUUUGAAAGUUUCCUUCGAAAGGGUUGAUACAAAAAGUUGAAAAUUUCCACUUAGAGUACUCAAAAUUGGAUGAUAUGAUGAAUAGAAAGACCUCUUUUCAAAUUUUCAGCAGAGUCGAGUCAAUUUACCCUCUGUACUACCCAAUGCAGUUCAACAAUCUUUCGCAUAUUUAUUAUGGUUUUUUUUCCUAGAUAUUUUGUAUUCAAAUUCUCAAUUUUUCUCGCAGGAUCCAACUUUGGAAGUCUGCAUCCAGAACUCGCCUACGCAGACGACUAUCUAUUCCGAAAUCUCACUAUUAAUUUGGUUUUUCACCCUAGUUUUUCGGAAUAUUGAAUAAAUUUAGAAUUACUGUCGAUAUUGCGACGUUGACUUGAAAACAACGGCCUCCGUCGUUCGUCACGCUUUCACCGAUGGACAUUUCCAGAAGGUUUCCUCGAUUAAUCAAAUACUUCUGUUGGAGUAACACAACAAGUUUUGUACCCUCUGCGGAAUCUGUUUGAAGAAUGUUGCAAAAUUAAUAUUUUUUUUAGUCUUAUCAGAUUUCGAACGUCAAGUCAUCGCCUAAGCUCCGUUUCUAACGGCGCCAUGAGAGUUUUGACGUCAUUCUAUUUGACAUUCGAAAUAUGAGAAAACUGUACAGAAGAUGCUCUUCUGAAUCAUUGGAUAAUUGAAAAGUUUUUUUUCGGUUUGCAAAACCUCAAAAACAGCGCGUAGAUCCUCACUUCCUCUUUUGUGAUAGUAGUAGAUGAGUUCUGAGCGUUCCGACGACGGAUAAGAAAAUAUAUUCAGCUACGAGAGAAUGGUAUCGAAGUACGGAACAACGACGUUAAUUAUUGGGUCGAACUGCGAAACAAGCUCAGAUUUUCAAGGUUGGAGUUUUUUCUCUGCGGAAUGAAAGAAACAUCAACUGUUGAAUAGACCUUAUUAGAUUCGCUUUAAAAUUUAGCCAUGGAUUCAACUUUUUUCCUUGUAACUCAAAAUCCUUUUUUCUUUGAAGCCCGUUCCAAGUACAAGGCUAAUUUCUCAAAGAAAAGUCUUUCAAAUAUUUCAUUUAUUCAUUUUUGAAUCCCGAACUUUAUUUUCUCUAAUGGUCAUGUCUUUUAAUAAUUUUCUUCGAUGAAAUGAUGAUUCAUUGAUUUUUUUCAGUUCGCUGCCAAAAACCGUUUUCCGGUUUCCCCUCUACGAUCAGACCUGCGGCGUUCCUCGCGAUGCGCCUUUUUGUUGGUUUUUUUGUUUUGAAAAUAUCACAGCGUUGCUCUUUCGAUUUUUCAACCCAACCAUAGAACAUUUUCCGGAAACGUCAACGAGUUAAUAAAUCCAUAUUUACAGGAAUUUCCCCAUACACUCAAUAUGGGAAAGUCUUUCAUCGACAUCACCUUCAUAAAAAUUAAGACAGUAUUUUUUCGAGAAAAACAAUCUUUUGGCCAAGAAAAAAAUUGUCUGUAAAAGAAAUAGAGAGAGAGCUAUUCGCCCAUACUUCGGCUGGAUCCCACUCCAAAAAACCAAUAAAAUUCAUCAUUUUUUGGGUCGUUUACAAUGAAAACACAUUCAAAAAAUGUCCACGUAUAAAUUUCUCAAUACAAAUUCUUAUUUCGACUAUUAUUUAAUUAUGGACUACGAAGUUUAUGUUAAUUUGGAUGAAGUUUUCAGGUAUGCCAUCGAAAAAAGAUUUGGAGAUUCUGGGACAAACAGAUGAAGCUACGUACAAUGAAAGCAACAGAUUGAUUAUCGUAAGUCUUUUUCCCUAUCAUUUUUUUCUUCUUGGGAUACAGUUUUCCGAAAGAAAUAACAAACGAGUGUCGAUUUUCAGAAGAUGUGCCGUUAUUGCAAUUGUCCCCUCGAAGUAGCUUCAGAGAUCAUUUUUCACGCCUUUUCUGAUCUACAUUUGAGAAAGGUUUGAUUCGUACUCGAAAUAUUGAGAAGAAAAUCAAGCCAGCAAAAAAUUGUCCUGGAAAGAUGAUAGGCGACUCACGGAAAGUAACAAAAAACCUGGAAAAAAAAAUUAAACGAAAAAAAAAGAUGAAAUUUUCAAUUUUCCGAUAUUGUCCCGUGUAGCGCACUUCCAAAAUCAAUUUCUUGACAUCUGUAAUUUUUCUCCAGCUUGGCUAUCUUUUCACGUUUUUCUUUCUAUCUACCGGAAAAAUAAGCUUAUGACACUAUUUUCCAGAUCAAAGAAGCCGGAAUCAUCACUUGUAGUGCCGAUUUCUCGUUCUGGACGUCGUCCCUUGGGAAAUACAAAAAACAACCGAAGUAA